AGUCCACGCCUUAUCGAAUGGCUCAUUUCACCUCGAGGUAAAACUCUUUGAAAGAUGACAGCAUCCCCUGCAGCUUACCUUUUGCUUCAUUUAUUUCUGAGACUUACAGCUAAGACUUGUUGGCAGUGUUUACAGGAUGGAGGACAAUUUUGUUUAGAUAAUAAUCAAUGCAUAGUUGAUGUGUUAACAAUUGAGACAAAAUGUAAUAGGAUAGUUGAUCUUCCAAUAAAUUGUCCAUCUGUACCAGCACUACAGUAUGCUUAUGACGACGAUUUUGUCAGAAAUACAGUUUUACCUGUUAUAGCUGCAACCGGGACAGAUAAUCCACAAAAAUGUCUUGACAACCAACUUCCUUCUAUGAAAGUCUAUAAACGGCGUGAGGCAAACUGCUCCUCACUUUUCUCAGAUGUAACUUGUUCUGGAUACACUGGAAUUGAUUUCGACCGAAAAGUAAUCGUUCUCUCGGUUCGUGGAUCACACGGUGAUCAUCAAUAUUAUGAUUUGUGGAAAAUCGGAAAUUUUAAUGGAACAGUCCCAUUUCUAAAUAUUGGAAGAGUUACGAAGAAGUUUAAUGACAACUUUGAAUCAUUAUGGUAUAGUGGAUUGGGUGAAGAUUUGCAAAAUUUGAUUGAUGCCUAUCCGGAUUAUCAGUUAUGGAUAACUGGGUACUCGAUGGGUGCAUCAAUUGCAUUACUUACAUCUGCAUUCAUUGCUCAAACUGGAAUGAGCUCUCCUUACAAUAUGAAAGUAAUUUUAUUUGGAUGUCCUAGAUGUACAGAUUAUGAUUUUGCAAUGUGGCAUAGUACCAACUUUCCAUAUUCUUACCACAUUAUCCACGCACAUGACUAUGCACCACGUCUCCCUUUCUUUGAUAAUAUUGAUAACACAACACUUUAUCACCCACGAAGUGAAGUUUGGUACAACAAUGAUAUGCGUGAAGGCGACUCUUUUGUCAUUUGCGAGCAAGCAGAUCAACCGUUUUGCAGCAGUCAGGUGCAGAACCUGUCAAAUGCCGACCAUGCACAUUAUUUUAAUAUGGACUUGUACAGAUGGUCAGCUGAUGGAUGUCCGAAGAAUAAGGAAGAUUACAGGCCAAUUGCAGAGAGUGCGGUUAAAAAUGGGAAGACGUUCAGUUAUGAUCUUUUGAUUGUGAUAUUGGGUGCUGUAAUAAUAUUUUUAUAAAAAGCAUAAUAUGUACACCAAGUAUUUGUCAAUAAAAAUAUAUUCUUAUUA